CUGGUUCUCUGAGCGGCUUCAUCCUGGCCGGCACUAUUCCAGCCAAGGGGGAAGAGGACUUCCUGACGCUGGCCGCUUCGCGGCUCAGCCGCAGGAAACGUGUCAUUGGAGCUGCUGUAGGUGUGGUCAUGGUUCUAAUACUGUUGGUGGCCAUUCCCCUGCUGGUCCACACAACCAAGGGGAGGAAUACUGAAAAUGCAGGGAGCCACUAUGAAAUGCUUGGAGGCUGCAGGAUGGUAUGUGACCCUUAUGCUACAUCUCAGCCUGGCCAAGAGCUGACAGCAGUGUCUCCACCGCCUCAGGAUUAUUCUGGGAAGAAGAUAAAAUCUGGUCUUCGUGGGCCUCCGGGGAUACCUGGCCCUCCAGGACCCCCUGGAGAGCCAGGCAAGCCAGGGCCACAGGGCCCCCCAGGUCCUGGUCCUGGUGGCUAUUCUCCCUCACUAUACACUCCCAAAAUCGCCUUUUAUGCAGGGCUACGCAAGCAGCACGAGGGGAGCGAAAUACUGAAAUUUGAUGAUGUUGUGACCAAUGUAGGUAACUACUAUGAGCCCAGCACCGGCAAGUUCACCUGUCCUCUGCCUGGCAUCUACUUUUUUACCUACCAUGUUCUGAUGAGAGGUGGUGAUGGGACCAGUAUGUGGGCAGACUUGAAGAAGAACGGAAUGGUAAGAGCCAGCGCCAUCGCUCAGGACGCUGAUCAGAAUUACGACUACGCCUCCAACAGUGUGAUCCUGCAUUUGGACGUGGGCGAUGAGGUGUGUGUGCAGCUGGAUGGAGGGAAGGUCCACGGAGGGAACACAAACAAGUACAGCACCUUCUCCGGCUUCCUCAUCUACCCAGACUGAAUCUAAUCCUCAUUCAUGGAAAAUGGACACCAACACACACACAGACACACCUAGCACAGACACGUACGUAUGCAAAUUAACGCACAUACACAGACAUGCGUGCACACACAAUGUCUGCAUAUGCACACAGAGAACAGACAAACAAAUACAAGAAAACACACACACACAGAAACAUCCUAACAUUACAACAGACUACAGGAGUGUGCACUGAGUGAAAAUCAGAGAUAAGUGGGAUUAAGUGGAGUAAUUUUGAGCCAAGAAUCAUGAGAAACUGCAUCUAUUGGUGCAAAUAUGAAUAUCAGAAGAUGUACAGUCUAGGUGCACAUAACAAUUGCACGUUGUGGCUCUGAAAUAUCUAAAAUACUUUAAUG